AUGCGUUGCCUGCGCAAGUUACAUCUGUUCGGGCUGUGCCUGACGCUGGGCAUCGUCGCUGUAGCGGCCUUUCCCAAUAGCAACAGCAACAGCAACAAGAACACUAAUAGAAAGAGCAACAGCUACACACAGCAGCAACAGUCAAAGCAGCCAAUGUACACCUAUUUGACCACAUCGAGCACGUCCAGCCACAGGAAUGACGCUCCCGCCAUGCAGCCAGCCUUUGUGUACGAAGCGGCUAUGCCGAAACAGGAGCAGCGGCCCACCACCGCCAGCACCACCUAUCCCGCAGCAGCAAGUGCGGCUGCUUCACCGGUUGAGGCAUCAAAGAAAGUCAUCGGUUCCAGUGUGAUUUCGUCGGUGUCCGUUGUGCUGGAUGGAAAUGAACCGCAGUUUACAGAUGCAGUGGGUCAGAAGGUGCCCAAGCCGCAGCCAUCGCUACAGGUUGCCAGCCCCAUAGAUCUGCUCAAUCCCGAUCGCUACGAGUUCUACACCUUCGAUGAGCAUGGCGAGCUAAUCAAGCGUCUGAUGACCAUGCAGGAAAUCCAGAGCAUUGUGGCCAAUGGCGAUGGCGAAGGACCCUCAAUAAUUCACACAGCACCGCUGGCAGAUCACGAACCGGAGAAGAAAGUUCAGGAUAUUGUAGACAGUGUGCAGCAUGUGCUCAACAAGGAGGUGGCCAGCAGCUCAUCGAAAAACAGUUCCGGCGAACUGCUGCCCGUACUCGAUACGCCCGAUGUCUCUUCUUCCUGGUCGCUUAUACUACCCGCCAUCUUUGGCAAUACAGGCGGUGACAUCUUUCCACAGCAGAAGCCCCAGCAAAUUGUUAUGACUCCCGAAUCGGAGCUGGUGGACACUUCUACACGUGCAGUACCAACAGCACCACCAACGCAGCGCGUGACAAAGAAGCCGAAACCAGCUAAACGUAAGCCGGGCAACAAGCGCAAGAACAAUACCACAACCACCACCACUGAGAUGACACCGCAGGUGGUGCAGGAGGAUUUGGAUCCUUUGGAAUCCGUUUAUACGGGCAUACACCAGUAUCAACAGGCGGCAGCCAAUAUGCAUGAUUUUGACAUGCUCCACAUGCAGCCUAUUUACCAAAAGCUGCCCAGCACCACCGGCAAGCCAGAGACCACAACGCGACGCAUAUUCUACAACAAUCAGGAGUUCAUACACACACCUAUUUCUUUCAGCGGCACUGCUAGCCACUCAAACACCACUGAAAAGAUUAUUUUGAACCAACAUCUGGCCAAAAAACCAGGCAAUGUGCAUCGAAAACCCACCCAGCCACAUCGCGUCAAGAAACCAAUUAGCAAUAGCGCCACCAGCAGCACCGCUCAUCCAUCUGGUGGAAAGCAAAAGGUAAAGACGAAGACAACCACCACCACCACCAGCACAACACCAGCACCCAGUACAUCCACUACACCUAUCUCAGCCACGGAGGCAACAACACCCGCACCAGACACGACAACAACCACACGAGCGCCGGUGCCAACCACGCAAAAGAAGAAGAAGCGCAAGCCCACACGCACACCUGGACACACAGGCACCAGCACAGGCAGCAACAAGCCUGGCAAACCCAAGCGCAAGCCAACCUCGAAACCGAAGCCACAGCAUCAAAUCGUUGAGCCAGCAGUGGCAGCCACUGCACCACAGCAGCAAGAGGUUAUCACACAUAAACCACCUCGUCCGCAUCGUCCGCACAAGAAGCCUAAGCCCACACCAACAAAAGGCAGCACCACUUCAUCCACCAGCACAGGAACUCCACCUGAGGCAACCUCAGCUGAGCCAGCAAUACAACAAGAUCCAGAACAACCAUCCACCAUAACAACCACACCAGAACCCAGGACGACUGCAGCACCAACAACAUCCACUACAACAACAACAUCUGAACCAAUUAGAAGAACAACAAAUGCGCCGACUACAACAACCAUCAAACAAACCACUAAACGUCCACCCACUCUGCAUUAUCAGAAAAUACAGGCAGUACCCACGCAUGCCAGCGUCACCAGCAGCACAAAGCAACCAACCACAGAACACCACUAUAACAAAAUACACGGAAAGCCCAUUCACAACGCCGCUACCACUGAAAUCACCAAAGCCGAAAGCUAUGGAUACAUAAAUGCUAUACCAACCAAAAGUACAACAACCACAACAACCACCACAAGCACCACAAGCACCACACACGCACCAUUAUAUCCCGUGCCCAGUUACGAUGCGCAGGCCACUGAAAAUCUGCCAACAAUAAUCGGCACCCAGAAUGAAGAAGAUAACUAUGAGAAGAUGCACCUAAAGACGCCGCUGCCAUCACUGGCGCUGUUGCAACAACAAAUGCAAGAACAAGGUACAUCCACAUCACCACCCGUCCCUCAACUGUCAGCGGAUCAGAUGCACUCAGUUGAUCAGAUUAUGCAGAGCCUAACACAGGGCCUCCUUGCCAGCGAUAAGAAGGAUGAAAUCCAAAGUGUGGAGCCUGUUAAAUACGACAGCGCGGACAGCAAAGAGCAAAUGGAAAUUUUGGCUAACAAAAAGAAAAUAAGCGUAACCACAACUACAACCACUACUACUCCCAAGACAACAACAGAAACUCCCAAGAUAUCAACAUCAAUUCUGAAUACACCUAGACCAUUAACCGCUCACUAUGGUGGCAGUACUUUAUCCACAAUGCUUGAUGAGAAUGAGGACACAAGCACAAAUGAGGAACUACUCGACUCCACGGAGUCCACAAACUACAAGAAGGAAACAACACUGAGCAGCAUGGAAGUGGAACCGGAGGAGCCAACAACUGUUGUUUUGAUUACUGCAAGACCGCAAUACUUUACGGCCACACAUCCCGCACCAACAUUACAAUUAAAGAAGACAGAGAAACCUGUUGCGGAGCCAGAGACCACAGAGCUACCCUAUAAUGCACAAUUCCUACUGACCACUCCUAUGGCGACGAUCGACGAAACCGAAUCGGCAACGACAAGCAAACCCAUAGAUGAGGCUAAUCAUGCUGUGAUUACCGAGCUAACCGAGGAGCAGCCAACCACAAUUGGUUACUAUGAGCAGCUGUCAGUAGUAACAGCAAACACCGAAUCGCCAAAUGCACGACUUCCCGUCAGUACAACUACCGCUUUCGAUGAUGAGGAUAGCACUGAGGUGACGCCCAUGAUAGCUAAUCUGGUUCAGCAGCUUAAUCUGGAGGUACUCAAACCAACCGAUCAAAUCUCCAUGGCCAACUUCCAGACACAAGCAGCGACUGUUGCCUCCACCCUGGUGGAUGGCAGCAAUACCCUGGUAUCCGAUGUUUUUAUGAGCUCUAACGAAACGAAAGAUGAGCUUCAGUUCCUUAUGUCCGAUGUCAUCCAGCAGAUCACACAGGAACAGGAUCAUGUACAAGAACCAUCUUACAAGCCGGCCACAGGUCAGGUAGACGAUUCGCAUCGCCUCACCAGUUUUGCCCAGCUGAAUACAUCAUUUUUGCUGCCGCCAAAAUUGGCGAAGCCACAGCAGAAGAUAACCACGACGACAACGGAAGAACAGCCGGAGGAGCAGGAAGUCACUACCAUAAUACCAAGCAAUGAGGAGCUCAACAAAUCAGAAGACGCUUACCUUAAUCCACAGACGCCAGCUGCAGAUCCAAUCGAGAGCACCACAUUCAGGGUGCCGGUUUUAUCGCUCUCACAAAUCUAUGCACAACAGCAGCAGAACGAGGAUGAUGAGCAACAGCAGUUUGAACUAGAGCGACUGGAGUCCAUAAAGCCAACAGAAGACGCAAUCAAACAGGAAAUCAUCACAGAAGAAAAUAAAGAGGAACAGGAGCUAGAAGAGCAACAACAAGAGACGUCAUCAAGUGCAAUCCCAACAGAGAGCACAACAACCACAGAGCAACUGCAUCAACAGGACGGGGAGAAUAACAAGGAAACUAAUGCCAGCGAGGAGGCGACAACGGCGGCAAGCGUCGAGCAGCUAAACAGCUACCAGCCAGAUAAGGCAAGCGAAGAGGAAAUGCCCGAAAUGUUGACAAACGGUUACAAUGAGCAAAUCCAAACGGAAGCCAGCAGAGACCAGGAGGAGGAGCAGACAACGACUAAAGCAGAAACAACAGCGACAUCAACAAAUGUUUACCAAGACGCAGCGGAGGAAACAUCAGUUGAACAGCAACAGGAAAAAGAAACGCAGCAGAGCGCAGAAGAUGCACAAAAACAAGACCAGGAGGAGGUGAUGCAAAGUGUUGAGGAUAGCGCCACAAAUGCGGCACAGCUGCAGCCACAGUACAGCGAGCAGCCAGCGGAAGACGAUGAGAUUGUGCCUACGGAAAUACCUGGCGAUAUGUCCAUUGUAUCAUCCGAAUCAGAUAUGUCACUCAGCUCUGAGCAGGUGACCGAAAAACUUGAGCUAAGCACGGUGCCACCCAUUGAGCUGGACGAAGAGGCUUUGGAGGAUAUAUCCGAAGAGUUGACAGCAACUCUAACCGAGGAGGAUACAACAAGUGCACAAAAAUAUGAAAGCCUCGACGAUGAGGAUCCCUAUAUAAAGCUGGGCGAGACAACAGCCACUGUGGUGAAACCGCAACAGAUUGAGAAGCUGCAUCAGCAUCAGGAACCGGAGCAGGAAUCGGCACAAGCCGAGCACAACUACAAGGUCACGCUGCCAAUAGCCAGCUAUGGUAAUCAGCCCAUUGAACAGGCGGAUGAGGAAGAUGAGGAGGAUCAGAAUAGCUAUCAGCCUAUGUUACUGCCCAGCAGCACAACGGAGAAAGCAACAACAACGAGUACCACCACCACAGAGCCACCUACAACAACCAAGCGACUGCAUACACUAAAGCCAGUUUCCUAUUAUGUGCAACCUUCAUUGCUCGGCGGCUACAAUCAACUGGAGGCGCCACAACCACCCAAAGUGCUACCUUACAAUGCGAAUACCAACAGCAACAUCCUGGGACAACAGCACCUACAGCAACGACCCAUGCAACGACCUGCCUCGCUAACCAAUCUGAUGGCUACGUCCACACAAGCAACGCGACCACCAGUUAAGCUACAGCCAAGUCCUAUUAGUUCACAGGGGUUGGAGGCAUCCACAGAGCGUCUUGAAGAGGAUGUGCUGUCUUUUGCGCGACUUUGCAAUGAGUUGGCCUUUAGCUACUGGAAGGCAAUUACAUCGGAAAAAAUUAGCUCUGCAAGAAGUCUGGUCAUAUCACCAUUUGCUCUGACCUCUAUGUUGUCUAUGGUGUUCUUGGGAGCACGUGGCAGUACAUCGGGUGAAAUGAACGAGAUACUCAAGCUGGAUGAUAUGGUUACCUUCAAUCCGCACCUGAUCUUCCGUAACAUCACCAGCUCCGUGGAGCAGUCAACGGAGGGCGAGAUUGCAACUGCAGCAUUUGUUCGAGAGAUCUUUAGUGAUCGAGCUAAUGGUAAGAUUCUGCCCUUCUUUAAGGAGAAAACACAGCAAUUGUACGCAGGUCACGUUGAGGAGGUCAACUUCCAUGUGGUGAACGAUAUUGUGAGGCGUCGCACAAAUCUCUUGGUGAAGCGCCACACAAUGGGCAAAGUACUGGAAUAUCUGCGCACGAAUAGUGUUUGGGUAAAUGGCCCACUGGCCACCGUGUCCGCGAAUCUCUUCCAAACAGAUUGCACCCGUGGCUCGACAACUGAUCGCGAUGGCGAGAUGUUCUUCCAGGUGCAUCCUACGGUGCGUCAACGUCGUUUGGUACCUAUUCCAGCGGUGCUUUAUCGCAGCGGAUUCACGGCUGGCUAUGAACCCAAGCUGGAUGCCACAGUUGUGGCCUUUGGGAGCAUACAGGAUACGGUGAGCACAAUCUACGUUAUGCCCGGACAUCAGAGCUCAGUGUCGCCAACGGAUAAUCUGGAUAGGCUCGAGCGACAACUGGUUGAGAUGGCAUUUGGACAGGAGAAUGCAUGGAGCAAGCUGCUCACGGCGCUUAUGGAUCGGCCGGGCAUGGAAGUGCAACUGCCGCGAUUCUCCCAUCGCUCCUUUAUCAACGCCUCUCUUGGUCUGCAGAAGAUGGGACUCAAGGGUCUGUUCAAGUCAGACUUUGCCGAUCUGCGCGGACUUACGGGUGCCGGCAAUCGCGAUAUCUUCUUGUCGGACAUGAUACAGAUCAAUACGUUUAGCACUUGCGGCGAGGAGAAGAUUUCGGAUCACCAUCACGUGGAAAUGUAUCCGGCACCACCGUUGCGCAAACGCAACAAGGAUGUGGAUGCAACAGAUGAUGAUGCUUACGAUUCCUCGGAGGCGAUUAUCGACUUUGGUUCGCUGGUGCAGGAGUCGGCCCUUGGUCGUGGCUUCUACGACGAUCUCCUGGAUCCGAAGUACUUGGAGCUGCCACUGCCGUUGCGUCCGCGACAGGCACGUGUGCCAGAUGCUCCCCGGCUCCGUUUCGAUAAGCCGUUCCUCUAUUUUGUGCGCCACAAUCCAACAGGCAUGAUUCUCUUCAUGGGGCGCUUCAAUCCGCGCCUGCUGCCAUGAAACACACACAACAAAUCACGCACAUCCAACUUUAAGUAAGCCAAAAUAUCGACUAUAUAAAGACAUACAUACAUACAUAAAUUGUUAAUUUCCCACUUUUUGACUCGCUACCCUCUUCGGAAAGGCGGUCGAUACAUUUAAAUAGUGAAAUGAAAUGCCUGCAAUUAAGUUAAUUAUAUUUUUAAUGCCAAUUGCUGUGCCUUAAUCCCGCGUCCUGCCACACACCCCGGCAAUGA